CAGAAGACCUUUUGACAGGGAUGAUUGAAGCUGCUGCUGGUUGGCGCGUGGAGUCUUAGGGGGCAUCUGAUGGCAUUCUGCAAUAUCAUUGCUGUGACGGUGCUAGUGGUUUGUACAAUGUGUAAAUACUACAUGCUGCCAUGUUCAGUUUGGUUUGGGGUGGUCGAGGGCGAAGUCCUACGAAGUAAGAUCAGAAUAAAAACGCGAAAUCCAUUUGGGGGCAUGGCGGAGGGAAGGGUGGUGGGGGUGGUAGAGGUGGGGGCGAGGACAAUGGUGCAGACGAGGGGACUGGGGCUGGUGCCCCGGAGCAGCAGCAGCCUCAACAGCCGCAGCAGCAGCCUCAACAGCCGCAGCAGCAGCAGCCUCAACAGCAGCAGUCGCAGCAGCAGCAGCAGCAGUCGCAGCAGCAGCAGCAGCAGCAGUCGCAGCAGCAGCAGCAGUCGCCAUGGGGACCCCCGCCACCGUGGUGGCCUGGUGGUGCUGGUGGAGGUGUAGCGUUUGCUGAACCCUCCUCUGGU